AUGACUCCAUCACCAUCAUCGCUAUCGCCAAUUCCCCCGCCCAUCCCCGUCGACACGCAUCCCAAUCGAGCCCCAGGAUCCAGGCCUCCUGAGCAAGACCGCAUUCCGGACCCCGAUCGCCUGGCGCCGGAGGACGCUUAUUUUGCGCCGUCCUUGUCCCGGGUGCGAUCGGCCCCCGCAAAUUAUGAAGAAAGCCUGCGCUCUUUGAAUGGUGAUGCCUCGGGUGUUGCGACGUUGCGGCCGCCGCGGGGGACGCUUGGCGUGGAUUUGACUCGCAAGGACGGGAGGAAAUUGGGUGCCGCUGGACCACGCCGAAGGCGAAAGGGUGCCUGGAAGAAGCUGUUAUGGGUGAAACAGUCGUAUCCGGACAACUACACCGAUACCGAAACGUUCUUGGACCAUCUACAACGAAAUCCUCGAGUCCGACCCUAUGACUUCUGGCCUCUUGUCUCUGACUCUACGGUCAUUGUCCAACAUGUCUGCUCAGUCGUCAUCUUUGUUUGCUGUUUUGUCGGUAUCGUUCAGGACCGGGUGAGCCCCGUGUCGAUUGUCUGCUGGGGUAGCGUUGGUACCGCCAUGGGCUGGAUUUUGUGGGACAAUUGGAUUUGGCGAGAGCAAGCGGAGCUUGCGCAGAGCCUCAAUGCUGCGAGUGGCGGCGAUGACGAGUCCAGUUCGAGCUCCAUGACCAGUGCGCCCAACCCAUCCGGCAAUGACCAAGGGCCAAAUGGCACGAAAGGAAGUCCAAUUCAUGGCCUUGGCCUGACGAUGUCUACAAAUGAGUCCAAAGAGCAAAUAUCACAACUGACUGCUGAAAUUCAUGGCAGUCUUGAAGGGAUUGGGGAUCCGGCACUGCGCCUUGGACCCUCCUCUGCCACCCCCAGUAUUGCCCUCGGUAGUACCGAUGCACAAGAUACCGAACGGGCAUCGCUUUUCUCAUCACGCAAUCGCCAGCGUCUAUCGACUGUCAAGUCGGCAUUCCUAAUCUACUUUUCCUUGUUGGGUCUCAGUCCCAUUCUGAAAUCACUCACAAAGUCUACCGCCAGCGACUCAAUCUGGGCUUUGAGUUGCUGGCUUUUAAUCAUGAACAUAUUCUCCUUCGAUUAUGGAAGCGGAGAGGGCGCGGGCGCCACAACCAAGUUUCCGGCUUCUCUUUCUACCAAUGCCGCGGUGAUGGCAUCCACGGUGCUUGCCUCUCGGUUGCCUUCGACUACGCACGUGUUUAGCCUGAUGCUGUUCUCCAUGGAAGUAUUCGGGUUGUUCCCAAUCUUUCGCCGUCAGCUCCGACAAAUAUCCUGGACUGGCCAUGUGAUACUUACACUUGCCCUGGUCAUCAUUGCAGGCGGGGCUGUUGGCACGACACUUGGUGGUGGCUGGGCUUCCGCUGUCAUCGGAUCUUUCCUUGGAAGCGUCUUGACUGCCUUCUCCAUGGGCGGGUGCAGCUGGUGGCUGAUCAGUCUGCAGAAGUACAAGAAUGUGGUCAUCGGUCCUUGGGAUCCAGCACGUCCUAUCAUUCGACGACAUUGGAACUAA